AUGGUCCCUUCUGUCCUCUCCACAGGUCUAGUAGUCUUGAACAUGUCAGAAGGAAACAGAGUGACUGAAUUCAUCCUCCUAAGCUUCCCCUGCCCCAGAGAGAUGCAGAUCCUCCUCUUUGCAGUCUUCUCUCUGACCUAUGUCCUGACCCUCAUGGGGAAUGGGUCCAUCAUCUGGGCAGUGAGGUUGGAUCAGCGGCUCCACACCCCCAUGUACAUCCUGCUGGCCAACUUCUCCUUCUUGGAAAUCUGCUACAUUAACACCACAGUUCCUAACAUGUUGGCCAACUUCCUUUCUGAGUCCAAGACCAUCUCCUUCACUGCCUGCUUUCUCCAGUUUUACUUCUUCUUUUCCACAGGUGGCACUGAGAUCUUCUUCCUAUCCCUCAUGGCUUUUGAUAGGUACCUAGCCAUUUGUCAGCCUCUGCACUACCCCACAAUCAUAACUAGACGCUUCUGUAUUAAGCUAGUGCUCUUCUGCUGGGUGACAGGCUUUCUCUGCUUUCCCAUUCCCAUCUAUUUUAUGUCUCAAUUGCCCUUUUGUGGCCCAAAUGUCAUUGAUCACUUUAUCUGUGAUCCAGGCCCCCUCAUGACUUUGACAUGCAUCCAUGCACCAGGAAUUGAGCUUUCUUUUUCUAUUAUACCCUCUCUUGCCAUCUUC